AUGGCACAAAUUGCUCGCAGCCAGAUGAGAGACCUCGUCUCCAAUGUAUCAAGAAUUCCUCGUCCGCUUUGGACUGCCGGACUCGGUACAAUUGGCAGUUUCAUGCUUCUUCGCUGGGCGAACUCUUAUCUAUCCAAGUGGGGGCUAAAUAACAAUGUCAAGGACAACACAUGGGGCUGGAGCCGAGAGAUUGUCGUUGUAACCGGGGGAAGCGGUGGCAUCGGGGCAAAAAUCGUCUCGUCUUUGGCCGGCCGUAACAUCAAGGUUAUCAUUUUACAUGUCGUAGAACCUAGCGAAAGUCUGGCCAUCGCGAAACGCAUCCGAUCGGAACACGGCAAUCCCACCGUUCUCAUCAACAAUACAGGAACAGGGUCCGGCAGGCCGAUCCUUGGAAUUCCCGCGGCGCAAGCUCAGAAGAUUUUCAAUGUCAACAUUAUAUCGCAUUUCUCGUUGAUCCGAGAGUUCCUGCCAUCAAUGGUGGCCCGGAACCACGGACAUGUAGUCACCAUGGCAAGUACGGCCUCAUUUCUCACGCAGGGCACCAACGUGGACUAUUCGUGCACCAAGGCCGCGGCUCUAUCGCUCCAUGAGGGACUCGGCCAGGAGUUGCGAUUCGUCUACAAGGCACCUUCCGUUCGAACGACAAUUGUGCACCCCAGCUGGGUUCGUACGGCUAUGAUUCAGCGGUUUCUAGACAGGGGUCUAGUCAAUAAUGCUGCAAUUGAUCCGGAAGACGUCGCGGAAGCAGUGGUUAAUCAGAUACUGUCUGGCUAUGGAGCCCAGAUUGUGCUUCCGUCUAGUUUGGGGCGGCUUUCGCUAUUUCGGGGUCUACCAUCGUGGUGGCAGGAGAAGAUGGGUGGUUGGUUGACGGGAUCGUAUUUGCGAAUCAACUGA